GUCAUCAAUCAAGGUUUGCGUUAUUCCCGAGCCUACCACAACACAGCUGGCCGACGGAAAGGGUGACAAACAGUCAAACACACAAGUCAAGUGCCGAGGCCGUUGGUGAUUUGCACCACGUUCUUCGAUAGAGCGGACCCAUUCACACCCUGCCCGACUGUCCGCUCGGCUCCCGGGGCUACCCCAGCUGCGGACUGACGCAGCUCGGCGCAUGUGUAUGUCUGGGCAUCCUGUCGGUGACAAUCAGCGGCGCCUCGGCAACGGCAGCAGUCGUGGUUCGAUGGAUCCGCAUCCGCUCUCGUCAGCGGACCCGGUCACCGCUGCCGCAUCCGCACACCCAAGAUAUCUGCCGGGUCCGGUGGAUACCAGAUCCCGACCCGGGCCCGUGAGUCUGGCCCAUCCUGGCCAUCCGGGGCCGAUAGUCCUCACCCCGAGCUCGGCCACUUCUUCCACCGUGUACGCCGCCUCACCGAGUCCGGCCGAUGCAUCGUACCCUUCGCACUAUCACCACCAGGGUCACCACCACUCCCACUCCCACUCCCACUCCCGCUCCUUGUCCAACACAAGCAGUGUUACAGCCGCCGCUGGACCCGGACCCGGACCCGGUGGUGCAUCAUCAUCAACACCAACCCCAUAUGGUACCCUGUUAACAAGAGCUGGAGCGGCGGGGUACAACAACAGCAGCAGCAGCAGCAUCCACGUUGCUGGCGUUAAGCGCGAACCCACCGAUGAUCUACAAGGCGUCAACGGGGACUACUCCUCCAACGGUCACCACCACAACGGACCCUUGGCCGGGCUUGGCGGCACCACUUCCAGGUGGAGUGUCAGUGGCCCGAGUGAGAGCGUCGAGGGAGAUAGCAGUACCGCUUCGCCGACGUCGACAAUAACGGGAGGUGGAGGACCCCAGCGGAAGAAGCAGAAACGGAAUAAACCGACCUUGUCGUGUUUUGAGUGUGUUGAGAGGAAGACGAAGUGUGAUCGCGGCCGACCUCAUUGUUUAGCAUGCAUCAAACGCCAAACGGAAUGCAAAUAUGCCCACGUCGCCAACCUCCUUGAAGAAACCUCCCGAAACGCCGCCAACGGCCGCCGAAUGACCAAACCACCACGGAAAAAGACCGAUCAGGCGUCCUCGAACACCAGCACCCUCCCCACCGUCCUACCCAACGCCGCAGACCGCAUCUUGAGCAACGGCCGAAUACCCCUCGGCUCCAUAGCGACCUCAACCGGCCUCCUCUCCAACGUGCCCUUUUCCGCCCCCGGCUCCUCCAACGUCUUCGGCAUCGGCUCCGAACACCCGUUUGCCAACUACUGGACCUGCAACGGCGGCCUGCCCGAAGUCAUCGACGUCCUCCCAGCCAAAAUGCAGGUCGACCUCGUUCUCGACCGAUACUUUGAAUGCGUCGACCCCGUGUAUCCCAUGAUCCACCGCCAGACGUUUUUCGCGGACUACGAGCACUUUUGGACUCUGAGCCUGGAGGAGAAACACAAGUGCGAUUCGGCGUUUAUUGCGCUGGUCUUUGUGAUGCUGGCGCUGGGCACGCAGUUUGUGGAGAGUAAACUCAGCGCGAGGGAGCGCCAGCAGACUGCCGAGUUUUAUGCGAGCGCGGCGAACCAGGCGUUGAGGGUGGGGAGUUAUAUGAGCAUGGCGAGCAUUACGAGUAUUCAGGCCAUGGUGUUGAUGACGUACUUUUUGAUUAACGAUAAUCAUGCUUCGGAUGGUUGGGCGUUUGGGGGGAUUUUGGUGCGGCAGGCGUAUGCCAUGGGGUUGCAUAGGGAUCCCAACAUUGUCGUCCCCACAGCCCCCCUCUUCAUCAAACAACAACGCCGCAAAGUCUGGCAAGCCGUUCUCUUCCAAGACACCUUCCUCACCGUCCUUUUAUCCCUCCCCCCCUCCGCCACCCACACCGACGUCAAAGUCGAAGACCUAGUCUCCAACCUGGACCCCUCCUCCUCCUCUUCCUUGUCGCAAAUCUCCAUCGACGCCUGCGACGACCCCACCGACAUCGCCUACCUCCGCGGCUCCUGGACGCUGGCCAACCUCGUCCAAGAAGCCAUCUGCUCCCCGCGCUCCUUGGAUGUACCCAUCUGCACCACGGUCCGCCACAAAUCAAAACUCGUCGCCGAUUUCAGGGCAGUCUACCGCUCGUUUCCGGAUAUUUUCCGGUCCUGGGACGUGGCCAUGUUAACCCAAAUGGCCGAACGCAACAAGCGGAUCGUGCGCCAAACCCUUUUUCUGAGUUCAAACUACUUCCACAACCUCAUGCUCGUGCACGCGAGCGAGAGCGCAGACGUGCCCGUCAAUGUGCGCGGAACGCUGGAGGCGGCGCACGAUGCCAUCACGGCUUUCUUUGUGCUGUUCAGCUUGUUUGAGACGGAGGCGAGGGUGUGGUGGGUUUUCAACCAUCGGGCUUUUCUGGAGGCGCUGUGUAUUGGGAAUGUGUUGAGGGAGGCGGCCAAGGAGGAGGGCGGGGUGGAAGCCAUGGCCAAGGAUCCCUUGUUUGUUAGGGCUAGGGGGGAUAUUCAUCAAAUGAUUAAUAUCAUGAGGGCAAUGAGUGAGGGCGAGCAAGGGUCGGAAACGGCGAGGACGAGGGUGCAGGUUUUGAGCGAGUUCCUAGUUUGAAUGAGAGGUUGAGCGAGCGAGCGAGCGAGCGUGCUUGGUGUUAGGAGUUGGAAGAGCGAUGAGCGACCGACCAGCGAUCAAUGACAAGAACCAACCCUAUAAGAGAUACGAUUACAAAACAGUGACGAUUUUGCGAUAUAACUAACAGGCUUGGAGCAGGAUA